AUGACCAGCCGCCAGUCCGUCAUCCGAUCGCUCUUGGUGACCGACCGCCUCCCGCUCUUACCGCACCACAGCCACGAGAAACCCGUCUACUCCACGCACGACGCGCCCGCCACUCCCACCGUCACCCUCUCCGGUGUCCACUCCCAUCAAGUCCCAGAUCUCGUCCAGGCUUCACCGGACCGUCGCGCGACUGAGACUGAGCGGCCGUCCUCGGAGUUCUCGCGCACUACCGCGCGUUUCUACCACAACGUCCGGCGACCAGCAGCCAGCCAACCCGUCACUCACCUACCGUUCGCUAACCCACUGGUCCCCGACCGAUCGGUCGUUGAUGAUUCAGAUCAACAGGUGCCCGCCGAGUUAGAUCAACAGGCUCUACUUGGAGAAGUGCCACUUCAAGACGCCGUUAGCCGACACUCUGCGCCGCUCGAUCCUGCAACAGCAGGCCAAUACCCAGGCAUGGUUCUCACUAGCAACGCCAAACACCACACCACCUCGUUGCCUACAGCUGAAGUGCCCACUGCCGAGGUACCUACAGCAAACCUCGCCGCGUCUAUUCUGCCAGCGACAUCAGCCGCAGCGGGUGCGAGUCAGAAGGAGCCCGGCCGAAACCGGGGAGAGUCGGGAACAGGAAGGGAGCCUCAGGCUUCAAGACUAACUGGAGCACGGGGCAUUGUACCGGUCGAGGCGUCCGGGUCGUCCGCUGAAGGACCAGCAACUGAGGCGAGACGGGUAACGGAGGAGGAGGAGGUCGGGGUGGUUAGGACCAGUGAGGUGUCCACUCAGAUGAAGCUGACGUGCGACGCAUUGACACACUCGUGCUCGACGGACACGUGCUCGCUGGACCGCCGAUGUGCGUUGGAUGGACCGGCCUGGUUCCCUUCUUUGCCGACAGCCAACGAGUGUUGCUGCCUUGUUAAGGACCUGGUGGAAGCCACGAACUUGAUCUGCUUGGAAAUACCCCGACCUUCACUGACUGCAGAGGGUUUCUUGGUUACGGAAUCAGCGAACCGCCACCAUCACCGUGGCGGCGGAAUGGGAGGCGUCGUGGAUGGCACCGCGGUGGACCAGAUUAUGAGUCACAGCACGGCAAUGGAGCACACUGAUCCCAAGAGCAGGAUGGGUCAUACGACUGUUACCCACGGCGGCAGUAAUUAUCUGUCUGGGUCGGAGGUUUCUGAAUGGCAAGCUUCUGGUGGUAUGCUUGGGUUGUCGGCUGGGUCGGAGGGGGAUCCAAUAAGGUCAGUGCUGGAGUCGGCUGAGGGCGGAAGGGAGUCGACGGACGGCCCGGGGCUAGUGGCGACAGGGGCUGGGAUGUUGGAGAGGGGCCGUGCGGAAGCGAGUCUGACUUGCAGCUUCUUGUGUUGCCCGCGGCCGGGUCGGUUCUGCGGGCCGCAGUGUUGCAUGGAUGAGGAAUACUGUGGCGAGAGUAUAUCGACAGGGCUGCCGUGUUGCAGUUCGGUGGAGCCGCGUGUGCAUGACUGCUGUCUGGUAGGCACUGGCUGGUUCUGCGACCGGAGUGAGCGUUGCUGUUUGGACGAGACGGGGUGUGUGGAAGUCUGUGAGUCUGGUGGUGGACCAGUGGUUUUAGGCGCAUCCGCACUCUUGCUUUCAGCGGCAGUCGGUUUCGGCUACUGGAGCUACAAACGAUGCCGGAAGGACCCUGUCGGCAACCUCGUCCUAGGGCCAUACGAUGCCACACAGCACGAACUACGCAGACCCAUUUACGAGAACGGAGACAGCCCAGCCAGUCCCGAAACGCCACCCAAAAAUCGACCCACCAGAGAAGAAAGCAAGAACAUGACAUCCGGAGGCGUUUACGGACACAGCAUCACCAUCAGCGAAUAA